GUUGGAGUUGAGCUCGAGACGUGCAACUGGAAACACAGUUUAAAUUGUGAAGCGUUUUAAAUAGUAUUUUCCCUCCUUUGGAUUAAUGAAUCUGAGGAACCUUGAAAUGUCUUCAAAACAGCGACUCCACCAGGAGCGACACUGGAGAGCAGCAACUGGUCCGCUCGCCUCGCCGGUGCUGCUGCUGCUGCAACACCUACAACAGACUGAGGACAACCGGCUGACCAACCCAAAAGUCUGGUGGAAUAACGCUGCAUUGAGCUGCCUUCACACAUUUGUAAAGGCUUUACUGUAUACUUUGAGAGAAGAGCUUCCUCGCCAAUGGCAAGUCCGGUUGCAGACAUAGGACAGUCUCAUCAGCAUCCCCCUGUCAGCGAGGCGGCCGCAGACUCCGCGUUUCAGGAGGCGCAGACAUGGAUAGAGGCUGUGACAGGAAGAUGUUUUGGUGACAAGGACUUCCGAGGCGGUUUGGAGAAUGGGAUACUGCUGUGCGAGUUGCUGAGCUCCAUUAAACCCGGCCUGGUAAAGAAAAUUAACAGACUUCCAACACCCAUAGCUGGCCUGGACAACCUGAGCGGGUUUCUUCGAGGCUGUGAGGAGUUGGGACUGAAAGGCUCCCAGCUGUUUGACCCUGGAGACCUGCAGGACACGUCAACACACCCCACUGCCAAGGGAAGUGACUGCAGCCGAAAACUCAAGAAUGUUCUGAUCACCAUCUACUGGUUGGGUCGUGCUGCCAACGGCUGUACCUCCUACAACGGUCCCACGCUGGACCUGAAAGAGUUUGACGGCCUGCUGUCACAGAUGCGAAAGGAGGCGGAGGAGGCAGAGAGCCCGAUACGCAGCAUCCGGGACAGCGGCUACAUCGACUGCUGGGACUCUGAGCGCAGCGACUCCCUCUCCCCGCCCCGCCACGGCCGCGAGGACUCCUUCGACAGUCUGGACUCCUUCGGCUCACGCUCACGACAGACCCCGUCGCCGGAUGUCCUGGUCCCCCGCGGCAGCAGCGAUGGCCGCGGCAGCGACUCAGAGUCCGACGGCCCCCCCCACAGGAAGAUGCCAGACGUGCGUAAGGACGACAUGUCGACACGGCGGACGUCCAUCAGCGAGCCGCGCACCGCCAUGCCCUUCAACCAGUACCUGCCCAACAAGAGCAACCAGAGCGGAUACGUGCCAACGCCCCUCCGCAAGAAGAAGAACGACAAAGAGGACGGGGCGCGCAAGAGCUGGAGUACUGCGACCUCACCUGUAGGGGGAGACAGACCGUUCAGUACUCCAGCUCGCUCGUGCUCGGAGGAAUUCUUCCACCAUUCGACGAUUCCGGCGGCUAAAUCUGCGGCAGUGAGCCCCGUCGCCUCGGGGAAACAUCCACCUGUGAGCGAGCCGGAGGAAGCGGCUGUGAGGAAGGGAGCCGCUGGUGUGCCGUUGGCCGCAGAUGCAGAGAAACAGGUCGGCCAAACGCUGACCUCUCCCAACACCACGAAUCCCCCGCACUUCCUUCCUGUGCCCGCUGCCAUGGUAACAACCGAUACAGGCCGGCGGAAGGGACGGGCACUGAGCGAAAGUGGCGACCCAAAAGAAGGAAGCACUUUGUCGGAGAGCGGUCUUCCUGCAACAUUCAGCCGCACACACAGUGUGUCAGAUGACCCACAGAGUGUGAGUAUGAUUGACAUGCGAGAUGAGGAGGAGGCCAUGUUGCAGCCCCACAGUCAGGUGCGUCAUGAACUGAUGCUCAACCAGUACAACGAGAUGAAGGAAGAAGACGACCACUGGCAGGAUGACCUGGCCCGAUGGAAAAAUCGGAGGAGGAGUAUCUCCCAGGACCUGAUCAAGAAGGAGGAGGAACGGAAGAUGAUGGAGCAGUUGAUGUCAGGAGAAAUCUGUACCUCCCAUAGGAGGAAAAGCAUCAAGACAUACAGAGAGAUAGUGCAGGACAAGGAGCGUCGUGAGCUUGAGCUGCGGGAAGCGUACAGAAAAGCCAGAACUCCAGAGGAGGCGUCGGCCAUCCUCCAACAUUACGCCCAGCGCUUCUCCAUCAGUGAAUCCGUCAUGGAGCGCCUACAGUUGCCAAAUAUCCUGGACCGCAGUAUAUCUGCUGAUCCCUCUUUACCCAUCUCAUCCUUCCCUAUCUCCCUCUCCCCGAUGACCCCUGACCCCUUUGACGUUGACCCCCACGGGCCCCUGAGGUAUCUUCGACAGCAGUCGGCCCCGGCUCCUAAGUUCACGUCUACACUGGAGGCGCGGGUGGAGGAGUUUCCCAAGGAGCCCUCUCACCAGCGGCCUCAGAUCCGCUCCCGCUCGUCUGAGCCGCCGUCCAACAGAACCCUGUCGCCCAAACCGGUGCCUUUGCUGACGCCCAAGCCUUACUUCCAGCCCCGACCCUCAGCGGGGGAACCAUGGCCCAGCAAGGCUGAUGCUUUGCUCCGGGUUAACGGCGACGUAGGAAGUGAUGACGCUUUCACCACUCCUGAGAGGCAAGGAAGGGAAUCUCCUCCGCAGUACCAGGCGUCUCCCUCCAUCACGAGCAGCAGCACUGUAGAUGUUCCCUCGUCAGCAGCCUCACAAGCACACACCUCGACCAGAGGAGGAAGCCCAGUGGCGACGAACGCCAGGGAGGAACAAAGUGGCACAGAACCGGCUUCUAAGGAUGCACAAGAACAGAAAGUCAUUGAGAAUUUGACGCAACCAAGCCGGCCCACAUCACUCCCAUCGGAGCUGCAGAAGCCAGAAGAAAGCUUUGAGAAGACAGGAAGUCAGGCUGCUGCAGAGGAGGAGAAGUCAAAUGCUGCAGCUCAACAAGCGCCUCCUACAGAAGCCAAACAAGAACAACAAACUGAACCAUCUGGCCAAAACGUCUCCAACCUCGUCCCGUCAGGAGUCAGCACAAAGCAUAGUCAGCCAAUUAUUUUACAGACAAUUGUGCCAAGUUCCCUGGAGGUGUCACAGAGAAGGGGAAACGUACCGAGCCUAGCCGCACCUGAGUCAUUUGAAUAUCACCCGCCGAGGGAAACUGCAGCAGAGUUUGCAAACAGUGUCAGGUCUUCGCUGACAACCAGCAACCCUAAGUUACGCUGGGACUUCUUCGUUCCACCAGAAGACAUGGAGAAGGAUCUGCGUGGAAAUGUGUCAGGGCCGGGGUUGCCCCAGGCCAGGCGGGGGGACCGCUGGUCUUGGGACCCGGAUGAGGAGCGAAAGCGUCAGGAAAGGUGGCAGCAAGAGCAGGAGCGCAUGCUGCAGGAAAAGUACCGGCGCGAGCAGGAGAAGCUGAAGGAGGAGUGGGAGAAAGCCCAGAGGGAGGUGGCAGAGGAGGGGAGGAAGUACCACGAGGAGGAGCGUAGGAUACUGGAGGAGACGGUGGCGCCUCUGACUCCUCGCUCCUCCGCCCUGACCUCUCCAACCCGAGGGGAGGUCUCCUCCAGCUCCGAGCCUCAGGACACCAUCGUGCGCUCGCUGGCCGACUGGGAGCGCAAACAGGAACUGCUGGAGAGCCAGUUGAGGGGGAGCACAGAAAGUGUUGAAUGGAAACGGAGAGAAAACGACAGAACCAGUGACAUCAGCACUGCUGACGACAGCAUGAAAACAGCCAGGAGCUUGUUGAGUCAGAGCAGCAGUCAGGCAGACGCUCUCGGUCAGAGUCUGCAGAACGGCCAAAAACUUCCUGCGAUGACGAACAAAACCUCGACUCCUGUGAAGAAACCAGAAGAGACUCCAGCAGACAGCAACAAGCUCAGCAAGGCUGCAGGAGACAGGAGGUGUGUGAGUGCUCCCAUUGAAAAUAACAUAUGCCGCAGCUCAUCAAAACCCCCCGCAGCAUGCUCCCCACCUCCAGACACUCUGCCUCCAGCGCCCAACAGGUCUGUCAGUGGGAAGAAGCUGUGCUCCAGCUGUGGGCAGGCGUUAGGGAAGGGGGCGGCCAUGAUCAUAGAGACCCUCAGUCUGUACUUCCACAUCCAAUGCUUUAAGUGCGGGGUGUGUAAGGGACUGUUAGGAGACACGACCACGGGGACGGACGUCCGGAUCAGAAACGGCCUCCUCAACUGCCACCCGUGCUACACCCGCUCCCGCUCGGCCGGACAGCCAACCACGUUGUGACGCUCAACAGAAAAACACACACGGUUCACGGAAGAAACCCCAUCUCUGUUUCCAAACCAAUUCUCUGCAAAAUCAUGUCCUUCACAGCAUGUCCUCUGCAUCCUCUGCAGCUCCAUUACCAAUGAACACUCAUCGUGGAGGGGGGCCAAACGGGGGACAGUCUUAUCGUCUGAAAAAUAUAUAUAUAUCUUCUUGGUGUUUAUGUCAUCUGAUAUGCGAGAGCAUUUGAUUGGUCCACGCACCACCACCUGUUUCAUCAUGCAGCGAGAGAGACUGCUCUGGGGCGGCGGCCAUGUUGGAAAGCAAACACAAUAAGAUGCUUCAAACACAGCUAGAUUAUAAAGUGAACGUCUACGCGGUCAGCGAACACGCAAUAAGAAAAUAUGGUGUUCAAGUCUUUUACUACCAAUCAUAAUCAUUUUUCCGAGUUGGAAAAAACAUUAAAUUCCAUAUGAUGGAAAUGCAGUAUAUCACAUAUUACUCAUUAUUAUUUAGGAAUUCAUCAUUGGAUAAAGACUCCCUUAAUUGAUAAGAAAACUGAAUAUGUGAUCAGGCAGCUUAGUAUGGAUUUAUUUCUUUAUAACCAGACUGGAUCUGAAAAAUAUCACACAUUUUAUGCCCUUUUUUAUUUAAUUUUUUUCGCAACUAAACAAGACAUAACGGGGGGGGGGGGUACAAGACAUUACACAGGAGAUGUCCUAUUGACAGGGUCAGAUAGGAGUGCUGUGGACAGUGAACCGUAAUCCUCCUGUCUCGCCUCAACACCCCCCAGCAGAGAAGCUGCACGCUCCAUGUGCAGCAGGUCCAGCCAUGAGUCCCUAGUGAAGCAGGCUGGUUUGCGUUCCUUCCAGUUUAGUAGGACGAGUCUUUUUGUGGCUAAACAGCCCAAUGUGCAGAGCCGAUCGGCAGUCCUUACAACAUAGCCACCUGGCUUGAGACCCAGUAGACAUGCAAUGGGACAUGUAGGGAAAUGAACACUUAAAGAUUCAGACAUUAAGGAUAUUACUUCUGACCAAAGUGUGUGCCCUUUUUAAACGAGUACUUGAUUCAAACAAAAGUCACAUUCGGACACAUGUAGACAGACAGUAAAGCUCACUCAACACAUGUCACCCUCACAGUGACUCUGUUCUGUUCCCCUGAAUACAAUUAGCUUCUGAUAUAUAAACGCAUAUUAUGGACGUAGUUGCAUCUUUAGGGCAACAACUGACUCGCUGUGCUUUUGGGUCAUAGCAGGUUGCUCCUCUGAAAGUCAGGACUUUAAUGUGCCUUAGGAAAGCAAGGUGAUGCAGGAGGGAAACACCAGCUGUAUGGUGUUUCAUUUCUCCUUAGUUUUAUUUCUUUUGGGGUGUAGCGAGGGAUUAUGGCCAAAUGUGAACCCUUAAACUGCAGACCUCCCUCACAUCUGCUUUACUUCAGUUCAAGUACUGCUUAUUUUACAUGAAAAACAACUUUAAUUUCAUAUCCCCCCCCCCUCUGUGAUUCCUCAGUGUUGUCUAUUUGGAAAUGUAUAUACUGCAGGAGAGACCUUUUGAUUUUGAAUGUUGUUUUAUUCUAGAGAGAUAUAGACUUCUGUAUGAUAUUGAGGUAAUUUUGACAUUUGCUCAGUGGUAGGAUUCAUUUAAUACAAUUGCAGAAACACAAAAAUCAGCAGUACAUGUUGCAUCUUUAGAGGUAAUAUGAACACAAACCAGCACCUGUGCAAUAUUUGGUGAUGAAAACUAAACAUCUGUGCUGCCAGCUGGACAUUUUAAGUCCAUUGCUUUUUUCUUUUUUGGACUUGUAUGAGAAGAGCUCGGUUAAAUAUUAUGGAUGUAAAAAUAAAUGCACGUUUUAAGCCUAAAACCAAAUGAUUUGCUGUAUGAAAGCAAGCUGAAGUGCGUCUAUAGCCUCGCUUCUCCUCCGGGUUCCUCUCUCUGAUCUGCAGUAUUUUAAGCUUCUGUUCCGGUUUGUAUUUUAUUUUUUAUUCUCAUUUAGUUAACGGAAACAUCUGAGUCUCUUAUAGCGGGAUCUUUGAGACGGAGCUCAUUCAGACAGGAUAGUCUGGGAACGAAAACCUUCACGUCUGUUCUGUAUUUAUUGUAAUAUUCACCGAACACUAUCUGAAAUAUAGAUCCAUUUGAUGUUUAAAUGCGAUUUAUAGCAUACUGUAUGUUUAUAAAUAAAAUGUUAUAAAUUAAAA